AUGGAUGACUCUGAUCAGCCUCUCUCGCCAUCGCAUUACCGUCUGCAAGGAGCUCCCAGGUACAUGAUCCCACCACCGAUGCUGCCAGAAGACAUCAUCAAUCGGGAACUUCCCCGGACCCGAAACCACUGUUCAGCUGAAGAACUCGCCUUCUUGCAGUUCCAGCACCGUCAGAUAAGCUCGUGGCGGCAGGUUAUAAACAGUUGUUGUUAUUAUUGGGGAUCGCUGCUUAAUAACCCACAAGAAUAUCGUCUCGCCACUCCGGAGGGGGUGGUGCAGAUGAUGCAGGCCUAUAUAAGAACAUAUAAUGUCGUUACUGUGGAUGAGCACAGCAAGGUCAUCAGAGUGUCUUUGCCUGAGAGGUAUUAUCCGUCCCGUUGGAAGGGCGAGGAAGGGAAGUUCACGUGGGCCACUAUCAAGGAUGGUCAGUGGAAUUAUCGACUGGCGCUGAGGACUGUACGGAACGAAAAGGUACCUAGAUGCGUUAGUGGAGUCGGGGGAAAAGGUAGUUGA